AUGACCCUGGCACCGGCGAAGCCCCCCAUGGUGCCAGGGCUGGCCCCCCGGCCACCUCACCUUCCCGGGCAGGCAGGGUCCUGGAUUUUCCAGGGCAUUAAACUCCAUCGCCCCUGGAACAGCUCCGCGGCGGCUGUCAUCCUCCCGGCGGGGGGCGGGCGGAUGGGCUUCUCGCUGGAGCCCAUCAGCGUCACUCUGGAGCCGGCGCUGGGCGAAGGAGGUGGCAGCGCCGCAGGCCCCAGCAGUCCCGCCGAGCCCGGCACCACGGAGCAUGAUAUUGUGGACGGAAGUGACCUGAAGCAAUUUUUUGAGAACAAUUAUUCUCAAAUUUAUUUUAUAUUCUAUGAAAACUUCAUAACACUGGAAAAUAGCUUGAAGCAAAAAGGGAAUAAAUCACAAAGGGAGGAGCUGGACUCCAUUCUCUUUCUUUUUGAAAAAAUAUUGCAGCUACUACCUGAGAGGAUUUUUUAUCGAUGGCAUUUUCGCAGUAUAGGGUCAAUUCUGAAGAAACUUUUGCACACUGGAAAUUCUCUCAAGAUAAGAUGUGAAGGAAUCCGACUGUUUCUUCUCUGGCUUCAAGCGCUUCAGAUUAACUGCCUGGAAGAGCAGAUAUUAAUAUUUGCAUGCCUUGUGCCUGGCUUUCCACCUAUUAUGUCCUCACGAGGUCCCUGUACACUAGAUAACCUCAUCAGCCCUCCUAAUGCGCCAGAGGCUAAGAUUUUUCCAGAAGAAAUCACCCCACUUUUGCCAGCUGUCUCUGGAGAGAAAAUUGCUGAAGACCAAACCUGCUAUUUUCUUCAGCUACUGUUAAAAUACAUGGUAAUUCAGGCUGCAAGCUUAGAGUGGAAGAAUAAGGAGAACCAAGACACUGGUUUUAAGUUUCUCUUUACCUUGUUUAGAAAAUACUAUCUUCCUCACUUGUUUCCGUCUUUUACAAAGCUAACCAACCUCUACAAACCUGUUCUUGAUAUUCCUGAUAUAAGACCAAGACCAGUAUACAUGACUGCAACACGAAACAAUGAAAAUGUCUAUAGCACAAAAAUCCCAUAUAUGGCAGCUCGAGUUGUUUUUAUUAAGUGGCUUGUUACCUUCUUUCUUGAAAAGAAAUAUUUAACUGCUGUUCAGAAUACAAAAAACGGAGGAGAAAUGCUCCCUAAAAUUAUUCAGACUGUUGGUGUUGUAAACCAAGACAAAAACGCAGAGCUGGAAACCAGUAUGUCUUAUGCAAGCGAGCAGGAGAGAAGCCAUUCUAACAGCAGCACCUUGUCUGACAGAAGGCUCAGCAAUUCCAGCCUCUGCAGCAUCGAAGAGCAGCACAGGACCGUCUAUGAGAUGGUGCAGAGAAUCCUCUUAUCCACUCGAGGAUAUGUUAACUUUGUUAACGAGGUGUUUCGACAAGCUUUUUUAUUGCCACCUUCUGAUAUAUCUGCAACACGAAAAGUGGUGAAGGUAUAUCGGAAGUGGAUACUGCAAGAGAAACCUGUGUUCAUGGAGGAGCCAGACAAGAGGGAAGACAGUCAGGAUGCUGUUGUCAGCUUGGAGGAUUCUACUGUGCAAACGGAUGGUAAACAUCUUUCCUCUGACCAUUCAGGACACAAGCGCUCAUCCAGCUGGGGGAGAACGUACUCCUUUACCAGUGCUGUAAACAGGGGAUGUGUAUUAGAAGACGAGGACAAAAAUGUUAAAGCUGGUGCUCAAGCUGCGUUACAGGUAUUCUUGACAAACUCUGCGAAUGUUUUCUUACUGGAACCAUGCAUUGAAGUCCCUGUGCUUCUGAAGGAGCAAGUUGAUGCUUGCAAAGCAGUUCUGAGUGUCUUUAGGCGCAUGAUAAUGGAACUAUCAAUGAAUAAAAAGACAUGGGAACAGAUGUUACAGAUACUCCUUAGGAUAACAGAAGCUGUGAUGCAGAAGCCGAAAGAAAACCAAGUAAAGGAUACAUUCGCUCAAAGCAUGUCGGGAUUACUUUUCCGAACCCUCAUUGUGGCCUGGAUUAGAGCAAACCUGAGCGUUUAUAUUUCUCGGGAGCUGUGGGAUGAGCUGCUCAGCGUUCUGUCCUCCCUGACGGACUGGGAGGAGCUCAUAAACGAGUGGGCCAAUAUCAUGGACUCGCUAACAGCGGUGCUAGCAAGAACCGUCUAUGGGGUGGAAAUGACAAACUUGCCCUUGGAUAAGCUCAGUGAACAAAAAGAAAAAAAGCAGAGAGGAAAAGGUGGCAUUUUAGAGCCUCAAAAGACAGCUGUAGUGGGACGAUCUUUUUCAUUAAGCUGGAAAAGUCAUCCUGAAGUUGUGGAGCCCAUGAGAUUCAGAAGUGCUACGACCUCUGGAGCCCCAGGAGUUGAGAAAGCAAGAAAUAUCGUUCGUCAGAGAGCAACAGAAGUUGAAGAAUCUCAACAGCUGGAAAAUUCAACAGGAACAGAAUCUGUGGGCCUGUUUGCAGACCAAGAGCAGCACCUAACUCGAAGCAGUAGCACUUCAGAUAUUACAGAGCAGUUCCCACCUGACUUUUUUCAAGGUAAAAAGGCUGGGAGUUCUCAUAAUUUAACUUCUUCAGACUCCAAAUCAGUUCAGGAAACUAAGGGACAUACAAAGAAGGAACAUGAAGCUGAGCAAGUGCUAGUACAAAGAAGCAGCAGCACCGCUGAAUUAGAUUUGAAAGCAGACUUGCAGCAAUCACAUGGGAACUAUAGAGAGAGAGAAAAAAGUGAAAGCGUUAGCAGUGACACGUCCAUUGGCUAUAAUAAUGAAGUAGAGAUUGCACUUAUCCCCUGGCAAGCCUCUGAAGAUGACCAUGAAGCUCAUGCAUCAGCAGAUGUUUGUGUGGAUCCCGACGCACCUCGCUGGCUUCAGCUUAGUCCUUCAGAUACUGCGAAUUUAACAGACAGUAGUGAAUUCCUUGCUGAUGACUGCAGUAUAAUUGCCGGUGGAAGCCUUAUUGGUUGGCAUCCCGAUUCUGCUGCUGUGUUAUGGAGGAGGAUCUUGGGAAUUCUUGGAGAUGUGAACAAUAUACAGUCGCCUAAAAUUCAUGCAAAAGUUUUUGGGUAUCUUUAUGAGUUGUGGUAUAAACUUGCAAAGAUACGAGACAACCUUGCUAUAAGUGUGGACAACCAGUCUACUCCCUCUCCUCCUGCCUUAAUUCCUCCUCUCAGAAUAUUUGCGUCAUGGUUGUUCAAGGCAACCACCCUGCCAAAUGAAUAUAAGGAAGGCAAACUUCAGGCGUACAGGCUGAUCUGCGCUAUGAUGACUAGGCGUCAAGAUGUUCUGCCAAAUUCUGAUUUCCUGGUUCAUUUUUAUUUUGUGAUGCACCUUGGCUUAACAAGUGAAGACCAGGAUAUCUUAAAUACCAUCAUAAAGCACUGCCCACCUUGGUUUUUCUUCCUGGGCUUACCUGGCUUUACGAUGCUGAUAGGAGACUUCAUCACCGCGGCGGCCAGGGUUCUGAGCACAGACAUGCUGGAGGCUCCCCGUUCAGAAGCUCACACCAUCCUUGGUUCUCUUGUCUGCUUUCCAAAUAUCUACCAAGAAAUCCCACUCUUGCGGCCCAUUUCAGAAGCUGGUGAUAUCAUUGCAGGAACAGCAGACGUGAAGUGCUACCUCAUAAAUAUUUUAUUGAAGAAUGCUACAGAGGAGCCAAGUGAAGCUGCAAGGUGCAUAGCCAUUUGUGGCCUUGGAGUUUGGAUAUGUGAAGAACUAACGCAGUGCACAAACCAUCCCCAAGUGAAGGAAGCAAUCAAUGUCAUAGGCGUGACACUGAAGUUUUCUAAUAAACUGGUGGCUCAAGUAGCCUGUGAUGUUCUUCAGCUGCUGGUUUCUUAUUGGCAAAAGCUUCAGAAGUACGAAUCCUCUCUGUCCAGAAAAAUUACUCAAAUCCUUGUGGCCACUAUUGCAUUUCUCUUGCCGAGUGCUGAAUACUCCUCUGUGGAAGCAGAUAAAAAGUUUAUCGUUUCACUGCUGCUUUGCUUGUUGGACUGGUGUAUGGCAUUGCCCAUGAAAAUGCUCCUGGAGCCAGUGUCUGCUGGUGUCCUCGAAGAUCAGCAUGCAUCCAAAGCUCCUUUGCUGGACUACAUUUACAGAGUUCUGCACUGUUGUGUGAACGGCUCCAGCACGUACACUCAGCAGAGCCAUUACGUGCUGAGUCUGGCGGACCUCUCGUCCAGCGAUUACGACCCGUUUUUGCCACUGGGGAAUGUCAGGAGCUCCGAGCCAGCCCAGUGCCACUCCUCCGCGGAUUUGGGCAACCUGCUCACUGUUGCCGAGGAAAAAAGGAGGAGAAACUUAGAAUUGAUACCUCUAACAGCACGGAUGGUUAUGACUCACCUGGUGAAUCACCUGAGCCACUACCCGCUCAGCGGAGGCCCUGCCGUUCUCCACAGUCUCCUUAGUGAGAACCAUGACAACUCCUACGUGGAGUCCUCUGAGCUGUCCUCAGAAGUCUUCCGGAGUCCCAACCUGCAGCUCUUCGUGUUUAAUGACAGCACUCUUAUAUCUUACCUCCAAAUCCCCUCAGAGAAGAAGACAGGCACUGAACCUACAGCAACCCCCUCGGAUGUAAGGGUAAUUGUCAGAGAUAUCUCAGGGAAGUACUCUUGGGAUGGCAGGAUACUGUAUGGACCUCUGGAAGGCUGCCUUCCGCGGCAGAGCGCAACGAACGCGUUUGUCAUCUCAGGCAACCCUGAGCACCACUUCAUUUCCCAGAAGGACGUUUCUCAGGUAGAAGAAGGAGAAGAUGCGCUCGACCAGUUGCUGGAAAAGAUUGGUAACACCAGUCCUGAAUGCCUCUUGCAUCCCCAGCGAAAGCUGAAUGAGCCAUCGCCGCCACCCUUUGGUGUGAGCUGCGACCAAGAGAAUGCAAUCACUGAAGCCCUGAUGAGGCAGAGCGUCCAGGAAAAAGAGUAUAUACUUAAAUGCAGCUCGGACUUCAGUAUGAAGGUGGCCCGUCAAAAAAAAAAUGACUUGGGAAUGAACUCCUGGGACAGAAGAAAAAGCUUUCAUCUUCUUAAGAAAAACUCAAAAUUACUGCGAGAACUGAAAAAUCUGGAUUCCCGCCAGUGCCGUGAAACUCACAAGAUUGCAGUGUUCUACAUUGCAGAAGGACAGGAGGACAAGUGCUCAAUACUGUCCAAUGCAAGGGGAAGCCAGGCCUAUGAAGAUUUUGUGGCUGGACUGGGCUGGGAGGUUGAUCUCUCAACACACGGUGGGUUUAUGGGCGGCCUGCAGCGCAACGGCAGCACAGGACAAACGGCACCCUAUUACGCUACCUCUACCGUGGAAAUCAUUUUUCAUGUGUCUACAAGGAUGCCGUCAGAUUCAGACGAUUCACUGACCAAAAAGCUUCGUCACUUGGGAAAUGAUGAGGUUCACAUCGUCUGGUCUGAACACACCAGGAACUACCGCAGAGGCAUUAUACCAACAGAUUUUGGAGAUGUUUUAAUUGUUAUUUACCCAAUGAAGAAUCACAUGUUUUUCAUAGAGAUAAUGAAGAAACCAGAGGUGCCGUUUUUCGGUCCUCUCUUCGAUGGAGCCAUCGUGACUGCAAAGCUGCUGCCAAGCCUCAUCUGUGCCACAUGCAUCAAUGCCAGCAGAGCCGUCAAGUCGCUCAUCCCGCUCUACCAGAGCUUCUACGAAGAGCGAGCUCUGUAUCUCGAAGCAAUAAUCCAGAACCACAAAGAAGUAAUGACAUUUGAGGACUUUGCCGCUCAGGUCUUUUCUCCCUCUCCCAGCUACUCCCUCGGUGGAACGGGUGAGUCUCUGCGCGUUAUUCUUCUCUUUAGCACUAAGAACCACUCGAGCAGCAGAUGUACACCUGUUUUUUGUAGAUAAAUGCUUGCAAAUUUAAGACGACCAUUCUUCCCCUGAAUCAACUAAUGAAUAUCAAAAGGAAUGAUGACAUUCAUUUUAAUUUGUUUUGCAUCAGAGCUAUUCACUCUGCUCCUUUCUUCAGCUAUCCUGUUAACCCCCGAAUCUAGCGAGGUUAAUGAACUUUCUCUCAGUAAUGUGCUCCGGUUCAUUCAGGAGUGCGGGUUUCUUGCUGAGCUGGGAAUAUGUUGUUCAAAAGCUACGCCUGAAUCGGUGCUUACUUAUCGAAAAAUAGUUCCUCACAGUAGAGGCCGUUGCUACUAAUGCUAAAUGGGGAUUAUGCUGCUGAGAUACCAGGGUCAGGGAUUAACGCAAAAGAAAUGUAAGAACGCCGUUCUGUUAGAAAAUCGUGGCCGCGGGCAGCGUGCUAGCGUUUCCCUUAAAUAUAGAUGAGCAAAUUUCAGGCUUCCUUCCAACACCUGGCCUGGAACCUGUUUGGGGUCUUUUUAA